CAAGCUCAAGGAAGCGGAGUCUAAUGCAUAUCAACCGAACCGUGCCGCUCUUAAUAUGCGCUGUGUCAUUCCUUCGUGUCUCAUGUUCUUCUCUACGAUGACACCCUAGCAGCAACCCGUGUCGAAGCGCUAGCAAUGAUGUAACUCUUGACCACAGGUUUAAGGUAGCAGUCGCCGUUGUACAAAACGUGCAUGCAGCCGACGGGAGCGCCACAGGUCGCGAUGCAAUAUCGAAACACUACGCCCGAAUACAGGUGCAUUGGCGCGGUCGUUGCAUCGUAGCCUGCAAGUUGACGCAAUAGCAAUGAGAUUCAGAUCCCAGCAGGGCGUGUGUACGAAGGUUCCGUACCGCGAAGAACGUCUUAGACAGCUCCGUUGUUGUCCAUGAAGCUUGUGCCGUUAACAACGGGAUAGGCUGCGGGCUCGGCGUAGGUCGCGGCUGUCGCGGUUGAAGCGGUUGCGAUUGACAAGAUGGAGGUGGUGCUGCUGGAGGUUGACGGGCUACUGCUGCCAGGCGAGCCGCCCACGGCGGACGACAGACUGGUGCGUGUGGAGUUGAUGAUGCUCGAUGACACCUUGGUGAUCGUAGUGAUCGUGGUAGAGAUUGAGCUUACAGUCGAGCUUGACGAGCCGAUACUUGUAGUGGUGCUGGCGCUUGGACGUGAAGAGCUGAUGUUGCUAGUGGUAGAGGCCCUGACACCCGUAGAGAUCGUUGUAGUGGUUGUGCUACUACUGCUGCUGCCGGGUCCGUUAUUGGUAGGUUCGCACCCACGUUAUCUGCCAAGCGUAGAGUAAACUGAUGGCGAUCGGGCAUUUACAGACGAUUGUGAAUCCGCAUACGGGCUUGACCAGCUAAGAACAGCCCAGUUGUUGAACUGGAAAUGGGAUACCUGUGAGGCGGGAGGAAACAACGUUAGCGACCGUCAGAACGUACCAAGAAGGUUUGCCGCGUGUCAGUGAAGUACCUAUCUGAAUCUAUAUGAUGUUGCGCCGAAGCUGAAGAAAGUCGCAAUUGCCCCAGAAUAGAGCGACGGGUGGGGGCUCGAAAUGUUAG